AUGUCAUCCAAUAAUGAAUCGUUUCCAAAUGUUAACGACAAUCAUCUUGAAAUAUUCAGCCUUCUCUGGCUUGACACCAAUAAUAACAUGAAGGAUAGGCAGGAUACCGAAGUAAAACUGCGUAGUAUCAUCAAUCAUUUUAAGAAAUUUCAAGAUGCAAAAGAAUGUCAACAAUACAUUGAACAAAGAUCAAAACAAGAUCGACUAGUGCUUGUUGUUAGCAAUAAAUUGAGUCAAGAAAUGGUGUCUUCUAUUCAUAAACUUCGGCAAGUCUUAUCGAUUUAUGUAUACUGUGAAGAAGGCAAAACCGAUGAACAAUGGUGCAGUAAGUUUUCAAAGGUGAAGGCCGUGGCUGUUGACAUCAAUGAACUUGUUUCUCGAAUGAAAGUGGACGUUAAGAUUUGCAUGAAAGAGGAAGAACCGUUAUCGAUGAAUAUGUUAUCUACAGGUCAAUCAGCAAGAGUAAUCGAUGGUCAGUUCGUUUUUUCUCAGGUACUUAUCGAUUGUCUGCUUCGAUUGAAAUCCAACGAUCUUGACCGAGAAGAACUGAUCUCUUCCUUGAAAACCGAAUACAAAGGGAACAGCUCCGAACUCAGUAAAAUAGAAGAGUUUGAAAAGGAUUAUACAUCAAAUAAAGCUUUGUGGUGGUACACUUAUGACUCAUUCUUCUACAGAAUCUUGAACGCAGCACUGCGUAAACAGGAUAUUCGCAUGAUCCUUCUGUGUCGUUCAUUUAUUUCGGAUAUCCAUCGUCAAUUGCAGUAUCUUCAAUCUAAGAAGCCGAUGCGAGUUUAUCGAAGUCAAUUGAUGUCGAUCGACGAGUUAAGAUAUCUUGAGAAAUAUAUUGGCCAGUUUAUUUCUAUGAACUCAUUUCUUUCCACUAGUAACGAGCGUCCAGUAGCUCUCUUCUAUAUGGGUGACCAAUCCCAGAAAAUUGCUUUAGAGCGAGUAUUAUUUGAAAUCGAAGCCGAUCCUGAAAUAGUUUCUUCAAAACCAUUCGCUGACAUUAACAUGUAUAGUUGUUUUACAAAUGAAUCAGAGGUACUUUUUAUGCUCGGUUCUAUUUUUCGUCUCAACAACAUCACUCAUACUGAUAAUCAAGUUUGGAUAGUUCAUAUGACAUUAUGUAGUGAUGAUGAACACGAUUUGAAGUCAGUUCUUACUGAUAUGAAGCAUCAAAAUGGAAUUGGAGAAACAAGUUUUCAUACAUUGGGUAAAUUGUUAUGGACCAUGGGCAAACCAGAUCUAGCUGAAAAAUAUUAUAAUCGCUUGGUGGACGAAAUUUCACCAGAAGAUCCGUUACUAAAUGUUUUGUAUGCGGAGCUCAGCAAGAUUGCUUCUCAACAAGGUCACUACAAUAAGAGCGUUCAAUUGCAUCAGAAAUCACUCGAGAGCAGAAAUCAAUCUCCACAAACAAACAUCACAAACAAAGUGUUCCAAGUGGAAUCAUUGGCUGAUCUAGAUACGGGAAUUGUUCAAAAGCUUAUUUAUCAGACCGCAACAACAUUAAAACGAACCGUUGAACAAGUGAAGGCGAAUGUAAACCAAUGCAAGAGACUUGAAGAAAGAAUCGAUACAAUUACUUCUGUCUUGCAACAUAUAAAUUACACAGGUUUCCAAAAGUCGGAAUUGAAAAAAUCUCUCAUGAACUUCUGUAUCUGCAUUGAGCAAUGUCUUGCAUUUGUCACAAAAUUUCAGGGCGAAAUGUGGUGGUUCCUUAAAGUGUUUAACAGUCAAAAUUCCAAGUCUCAAUUUGAGAAUUUGAAUGCUCAAAUUUUGCAGUGCGCUACCGAUCUUAAUUUGGAAAUUAAUUUACAACAGAUUUUUGAUCACAAACAGGAUGAACUUGAUCAACGAAAUGAUAUGAAAGCUAUUGAGUAUAAAAUCGAUGAGAUUGCAUCAAAGAUGGAACAACACCAACAGCAAGAGCUUCAUCAUUUUCAAAGCAUUAAGAAUAACACUAAACAACGAUACAAAUCAUAUAAACAUCACCUUGAACAAAAUAUUAUUGAAGCAAAUGAUCCUGGUAUAGCCACGACAGCAGUCGAUAAGAAGCAUUUUGUUCUGUGUAUCCCCUACUAUGAUUUGCUACAAGAAGAAUAUAUUGGACAGGGUGGAUUUGCUGAUGUUUAUCGUGGACGAUGGCUUUCUCAAGAUAAGGAAGUAGCUAUAAAAGUUAUUCGGAUUCAAUAUCUGAGCGAAAACGUUAAAGAGGAUUGUAUGAAAGAAAUUUCGACGAUGAAUCAAAUUCACCACGAACAUAUUCUCAGCAUGUACGGCGCCUGCAUAGAACCAGAAAAGUAUGCACUUGUUGUCGAAUACAUGAACCUUGGCUCAUUGCACAAUGUUUUGAAACGAGAGACAACGCAGCUCAAAUGGCUUGAUCGAUGGUCAAUUGCUCUUCAAAUGACAAAAGGCAUUAAUUAUUUACAUACACUUCCAAAACCAAUUAUCCAUCGUGACAUAAAGUCACACAAUGUUCUCUUGGCCAACAAUGCUCGUGGCUUUCUCGUCAAAAUCGGCGAUUUUGGUCUGGCUAAAAUUCGACAUGAAACUUCAAAACAGUCUACCCAUGAACCUGUUGUCGGCACGUUACCAUGGAAAGCACCCGAGCUUCUCAAAAUGGGAAGACAUACCGAAGCUAGUGAUGUUUAUGCGCUUGGAAUUGUGCUUUGGGAGGUAGCUACCAGAUGUGAACCAUACGAAGAUGCCGAUGAAUCAACAAUUAGGACAUUUGUUAAAGAUGGAGACCGAUUGGAUAUUCCGGCAAAUGUACCCGAGUACUUUGCGGAGCUUAUUACACAGAGUUGGGCGCAGGACCCUAAAGAAAGGCCAACAUGUCAAAAGCUCCUCUAUGUGUUCGAGCAACAAUGUUCUGAGCUCAUUACAAUUGACGAAGUUACGGUAAAUGAAAAUGACUUAGACCAAUCAACAGCAUCAAUCAAUGAAGAGUUAGAGUUCAGUCAACAGAAUAGCGUUGAAGAUGAAACAUCAAUGAUCAACUUAAUACAACCUUCUACAGGUCAGAAUUUUUAUGGCUUUUCAUAG